AGAGGGUUGGAAUUAAGGCCGACGACGGCCGGCUCGGACCUCCUCGCGCAUUUGGACGUCCUCGCUGGGCAGCUGCAAGAUGACUCAAAAGGCGGUCCUGAUCACGGGAUGUUCCUCCGGCAUCGGGCUGGCGCUCGCCGCGCGUAUCGCCAAUGACGAGAAGAAGAGGUUUAUGGUGUACGCCACCAUGAGGAACGUGAGCAAAGGUCAAGCCCUGGUGGAGGCGGCGGGUCGCGCUCUGGGUCGGACGCUGGAGAUCAAGCAGCUGGACGUGUGCGACGAGAUCUCCAUCAAAACGUGCGUGGAGAGCCUGCCGCAGCGCAGGGUGGACGUCCUCAUCAGCAACGCCGGCAUGGGCCUGAUCGGGCCCAUCGAGUGUCAGUCCGUGGACGAGAUGAAGACGGUCAUGGACACCAACUUCUUUGGCCUGGUGAGGCUGCUCAAGGAGAUCCUUCCUGACAUGAAGCGCCGCAAGAAAGGUCACAUCGUGGUCAUCAGCAGCGUCAUGGGCAUCCAAGGGAUCCUCUUCAACGAUGUCUACGCCGCAUCCAAGUUCGCCGUGGAGGGAUUCUGCGAGAGUUUGGCGGUGCAAGCGCUGAGGUUCAAUCUCAACAUCAGCCUGAUCGAACCGGGUCCGGUCAUCACAGAGUUUGAGCGUAAGGUGUACGACGAAGGCCUGAAAACUGAUUUGAGCAACGCUGAUGCCGUGACGGCGGACAUGUUCACCAACAUCUACCUGAAGAACUACAAGCAGAUCUUCGAGACGCUGGGUCAGACGGCCGAGGACGUGGCUGAGCACACGCUGAAGAUCAUGACGUCGGACAACCCUCCGUUCCGCCACCAGACCAACACGCUGUACACCCCCAUGACCACGCUCAAGUACGCCGACCCCAACGGUGACCUGCCCAUCGAUACCUUCUACAAGAUGGUCUUUGAGCACGACAAGAUCUUCAACGCCAGCCUCAACUUCCUCAAGCUGCUGCGUUGGCGGAGCAGACGCAGCUUCACGCUGGACAAAAGCAGCUGACGUGUCAUUUCCACCAUUUUCCAGUCUCUACAAGUCCAUUUAUCACGGGUUGCGCUUUGCUUUUAGCCACGCCCCCAGAGAGUCACGUGACCGCCACAGCGACCUUUUUGAACGCAACAGCUUCUUCUUGGGAGGAAGUCGCCAUCAGUAGUGAGCCGCCUCCUUUCAAAGCUUUCUUCGCAAUAUUAGCCCAAUAAAAAUGCAAACACAUCCCAUGGAAUAAUGGCGUAAUGGCGGCACGCUUUAGCAACUGCUUAGGGCGUUUCGGCCUCGCAGUUGUGAGGACCGGGGUUCAAAUCCCGAGUUUGCACCUUCUCCCCGUGCCGCGAGUAUUCCGCUGUCCUCCCACGUAGGUAGGUUUCAGUGAAGCUCCGAAACUGCCCGUGGGCGUGGAUGUCAGCGCCAAUGGUUGUUUUGCGAUUGGCCGGCGACCAAUUGAGGGCGGAUCCCGCCUCGCACCCGAAGCCGACCGGCAAAGGCCCCGGCGCUCCCGCGACCCGCGUGAGGAUAAGCGUGCGCCUCAGAAAAUGGAUAAAACAUUGAAAUAAGGCAUUGAG